AUGACUUCGGAAGAGGUUCUUUCUUCCGAAGAGCCUCCAUCCAACGGAUUCAGAAGCUGUUAUGACAAACUUCGGAAAACCGUCGGAAACAUUCCGAUGGAUUCAUCAAAAUCCGAAAAAAUCCAAAAUUUAUCAAGUGGAAAGAUCUCAGAAAUAUUACCGAAUCUCUACUUGUCAGGUCGUACUGUAUCACAGAAUUGUGAUUUAUUAAAAGAGAAAAGCAUUAAAACAGUAAUCAAUGUUUCCGAUCGAGAAGUGAUGAAUUAUGAAGAGAAUCAUCCAUUCGUAAAGAACUACCGAUUUUAUUCAAUGUCUGAUACAGCGAACUCAAGUUUCGAUGGAAUCGUCGAGGAGGCUGUUCGAUUGAUUCACGAAACAAGAGUGCGUGGAGAAGCCGUUCUCGUUCACUGCUUCCUCGGUGUCUCCAGAAGUGCCACUCUCGUCGCGUUCUAUCUCAUAUCUGCUUAUGGAAUCAAUUGGAGAGACGCUGUCGAUUACAUACGUCAUAGGCGGUUCUCCGCGAAUCCAAAUUUUGGAUUUUUGCAUCAACUAAAGUUGUAUUUCAAUACGAAAUCUAAAGAAUUCCGAUUGGAAUUGACUAGCCAGCAAUGUCUAAAAAUGCGAGAAUCCGAUCGUGACGUCAUCAAAAAGUAUCUUCCUUUUGCAGUGAUUGAGCUUUAA